CCCAGACAACAGGCUGCCUGUGACCUGCUUCAACACGUCCUCUGUCACUAGGUAGUCUGGGAAGGCUCUGCCCAGCACAGUUCUCAGGACAGUCUGCCUCCCCUUUUCCAGUAGUCUCAGUGCCAUCCUGACGUGGGCAGUCAGGCCCAGUCACAUCUUGAGCCUGCUCCCUGAUCUGCCAGGGACCUACACUCACAGCCAGGCUCCUCCUCACCGCCUCUAAGAGGCUCUGGAGACAGAGGGUAGCGAUGUUGGCCAGCUGUUCAACCUGCCUCUUCUCUGGGGUCUGCGUCGCCCUGCUGGCCGUGGCCCUGUCUUAUUACUUCUACUGGACGGCUGUUCUCAGUGAAGGACCGUGCGGCCGCCCCUGAGCAGCGACCAUGGGCCUGCUUGCCUACCUGAAGACCCAGUUCGUGGUGCACCUGCUCAUUGGCUUCGUCUUCGUGGUGAGUGGGUUGAUUAUCAACUUCACCCAGCUGUGCACACUGGCUCUCUGGCCCAUCAGCAAGCACCUGUACCGCCGCAUCAACUGCCGCCUGUCCUACUCGCUCUGGAGCCAGCUGGUCAUGCUCCUGGAGUGGUGGUCCUGCACGGAGUGCACUCUCUUCACCGAUCAGGCCACCGUGGACCACUUUGGGAAGGAGCACGUGGUUGUUAUCCUCAACCACAACUUCGAGAUCGACUUCCUUUGUGGGUGGACCAUGUGCGAGCGGUUUGGCGUGCUGGGGAGCUCCAAGGUGCUGGCUAAGAGGGAGCUGCUGUAUGUGCCACUCAUCGGCUGGACGUGGUACUUCCUAGAGAUCGUAUUCUGCAAACGGAAGUGGGAAGAAGAUCGGGACACUGUCAUAGAGGGACUGAAGCGCUUGGCUAACUACCCAGAAUACAUGUGGUUUCUCCUGUACUGCGAAGGAACACGCUUCACAGAGACCAAGCAUCGCAUCAGCAUGGAGGUGGCUGCCUCCAAGGGGCUGCCCCCACUCAAGUACCAUCUGCUGCCCCGGACCAAGGGUUUUACCACUGCAGUCCAGUGCCUCCGGGGGACAGUUGCAGCUAUCUAUGACGUGACCCUGAACUUCAGAGGGAACAAGAACCCAUCUCUACUGGGGAUCUUGUAUGGAAAGAAAUAUGAGGCAGACAUGUGCGUGAGGAGGUUCCCCCUGGAAGACAUCCCAGCAGAUGAGACCGGCGCGGCCCAGUGGCUUCACAAGCUGUACCAGGAGAAGGAUGCCCUGCAAGAGAUGUACAAGCAGACCGGUGUAUUCCCAGGGGAGCAGAUCAAGCCUGCCCGAAGGCCGUGGACCCUCCUGAACUUCCUGUGCUGGGCCACCAUCCUCCUCUCUCCCCUCUUCAGCUUCGUCCUGGGCGUCUUUGCCAGUGGAUCCCCGCUCCUCAUUCUGACGUUCUUGGGGUUUGUGGGAGCAGCUUCCUUUGGAGUCCGGAGACUGAUAGGAGUGACUGAGAUAGAGAAAGGCUCCAGCUACGGCAACCAAGAGCUUAAGAAAAAGGAGUAAUUAAUGCUGUGAUUGAACACCCAUAACCUGACGCGGUAUCCAAUUAACUCAAUUAAAAACAGAACACCCAAGAGCGAGGGAAAGAGACACUUAGAGACUAUUUUUCUUAUUAACUGGUGACUAAUAUUAACAAAACUUGAGCCAAGAGCAAAGAACUCGGCCUGCCAGGUGAAGACGGUCGGCCAGCACUGGCAGGGUCCCAUCGGCCCUCUGCAGGGACAGAGGCUGGCUUGGGGGAGGUGGUGGGCCCAAGGGGCUCCCCCAGAACUCCGCCUCCAAGAGGCAGCCGUGGCUGCUCUCCCAUCUUAAACUUAGAAUGAGGCUUUGGUUUCUUAUCAGUUAUUUGGGGAAGGUAACCUGGCCCCAACCAUGUGUCCUGCACCCCAGAAUACUGGUUCUCCUUGGGUGCCGCUGCCUCAUGGGGGCAGGUCAGCUGGACCCUUUUCCUACAGCACUCAUUUGUCCUGCCCUGCUUGGCACCUUAGCUUCCAGCCCCAGGGGAGGGAGGAAGUCUUCUUAAAGAUAAGCACACAGUGAAUGUGGAUCUGGUCCCUUUGUCCCUUCCUUGCCCCAGGGGCUGAAGACCACACCUCCGUCCUCUGCAGGUGCUGUUGGCACCUCCUCGCUGGGGGCUGUGUCUAAGCACCUUAAGUCUCUUAAAAGUGAACGCCAGAGAACUCUGCAGAAUGUGGAACCCUCGAGUUCAUACAGCGCCUCCGUCCAGCUCUGUUGUCUCUCUUCCUCUGUCGCCAGCAGGCUGCCAUCCUGCACAGGGCCAGAUGGGAAGACCACACUCGGGCCCCACACCUCAGAGCUGUGGUGUCUGGGGGGCUCCAGCCUAUGAGACUCCCCUGGGACACUCUUCAGGGGGCAGUGUCACCAUCAGGCCUCUCUGUUCUCAGUCAGACACCUUUAGUGCUCGUUAGCGUUAGAGUCUCUUUUUACAGGUGUUGGUGUGUGGCUGGCUCGCAGCUUGUCCCUGUCCUCCUCCUAUUCAGCCUCUAUUCAGGCUGGUGUCAUGGCUGCCGGACCGUCCCCUCCAUUAUCCCUUACCACCUCAGUGACAUAUACUGUCCUGGCAGAGAACAGGGGCCUCAGCCUGUACUUGGUGCCUUGCCAGGGUCCCUUUGCUGGCCCUGGAGGCCCAGUUCCUUCUCGCUCAGCAUAGGAAGGACCUGCCUGGUUUCUGGGAGACCUAGGUCCUCGGGAAAUACUGUCAUAUGCUUUUACCUUCUGUCUGGAACUGGCUCUUUUAAAGUCAUUUUAUGUUUUCUAACAAGGAAAAAUUGGGUUGGUUUUUUUUUUUUUCAACCAGAGUUCAUAGUAAAGUCAGAGAAGAUUUAUGGGGUACACUGGAAGAAGAGGCCUGGAGAAGCCUGAGGGUAGACCUGGGCCUGACUGCAUGGCCCCAAGUGCUGGGGACCUUGUAAGGCAGCAUGCCCGAUUCACAGAAGAUGCUACCCGCCUCUACAGUCCAUGCACAAUGGAGCGGCUGCUCCUGUUGCUCUUGGGUAACAGCAACACACAUGGCUGCUUGUGAGGGUGAAAGGUUGAUUCAAGCUAACUGAGACACUGAAUCUCUUCCCCUCCAGCCAAAAGCUUGCACGUCCUGGCCUCUGUCAACUACGAGCCAUCUCGGGCGCUCCGGAGGGUCAGUCCCCUCCCUGGUGGGAUUUUCUUUCUGUCUGCUUGGGCUCGCUGUCUUCCCCCACUCACCGUCCCCUCACAAAUCGGAAAGAAAGAGGCCGAUGAGCCCUGCCAUGCAUGCACCUGGCCCCAGGAAAGCAACCUCAGAGCCUUCAAUACUUCACUAAUGCCUCUGGUUUCCCACGGAAGCCCUGAGCCUUUGGAGUCAGCUGACUGUUGAGUCUGUGAAUGACCGAGGAGUCCAGACUGCAGGCUCUGCCCUCCUAGGCCUUCCCCCCCUCAUCAUCCAAUGCAGCGCUUCUGAGAGCAAUAAAAACUCCACUGGGAAUGUGGGUGUGGGCUUUUUGGGGGGUGGGGUGGGGUCAGAUUUGGCUUUUCAUCUGCUUCAGAAAGAAAGGGGGGAGGAGAGCCCCUUCGAUUUUUUUCUAUUAAAUUAAUAAAUCUCAGAAUAAUGCUUUUCUCUUUUUCCUUCAACACCCUACUACUGAUAGGCAUGGCAGACGUCAUGCCCAGAUUCAGACAGAAGUGUCUGCUGAAGCAGUUGGCUAGUCUUCAGGGAGCCCAUGCUGAAAGCAGCAGGCUCAGGAGCCAGAGGCAUUCUGGAACUGGAGUGGUUGGUGGCCUCGGGAGGGAGAGCCUGGACUGCUAGGCUGGCUCGGCUUCAGGUUCCCCAUCAGAGGAGCCACCACAAGGUCAGCCCAGACUGGGAUAUGGACUCCUCCCCACUCAGGGUCAAGAGCCAGAUACAUGAGGGCUCCUGCCAUCCCCCCUAGAGACCCUUCCACUGUCCAGGUGGUCUCCCACCCCGUCCCUGGCCACACCCACGUACCUCAUGCAGACCUCUCUGAAGCAGUGCUGAACUUCAGCAGUGGCUGCCAUUCUCCUGACUGCUUGUGGCAUUUCAUGGUACCCACACUGGGCAUCUUAGGGACUGUGCUGCUCUCCUCUCUGAGGGGCUUUGUGUUAGCAUCCUGAUUGGUGACCAUCCUUGGAGAAGCAGGAGCAUCACACUAGAACAGCUGAAUGAUCAGAAUGUGGGCAGUUCAGAGAUCAGGGACAUUCUUCUUUCUACAAGACCUGUAACCCAAAGGUUAAACAAACAAAACAAAUGCAUGCUGUUUGUGAGUCUUGGGUGACUGCAUCUAUGAGGCACAUCUGAGAUGCUGUAAACCUUAUCCUGGGUGGCCAGGGCGGAACCAGUCUGAUUAAAGGGAUGAGCUCUGAAUACUCAGGCUGCUUGAUAACAAACAUUGGUAACAAUGUAACAACACUCUCUUGUAGGAACAAUGCAGGUGUCUUCACAGAUGCCUCGGCUGCCCCUCCCUCCCCUUUUGUGUACCUUGCCCUGAGAACCUUUUCUGCCUCUGAUCUAGUCCAGCCUUGGUACCAUCCAAGGAAAAGUCAGGGUUAGCCCCAAUUUGUGUCAGGUUCAGGAUGAAGAGUUAAGUGGCUCUUCCUGCAUGUUGCCCUGUCUCUGCCUGAGACCGUAUAGAACAAGCCAAAAGUAGCCUUUCCAGCCCUGAUGACCUGCACCUCAACUGUUUGUCCUACACAUAGACCCAACCACUAGCUAGAUGCAUGCGACGCUUAGCGCUAGCCAUUUGGUGUGGCUUCUAGCCCUCUACAGUGUCAUGAAGCUCAGGGUUAGAAUGGCGCACCUGAGAUGCCUGCUGCCUUCUUUCUAGAAACAUCUCUGGCCUAUGGGCCAGCCCCAAACCAAAGGCACCUGGGCCUGGGUGAGGGCACCCCUGACCUGCCUCAGGCCUUGUCCCAGAGUCUUGCCAUGGGGCUGUCAGGUGGGUGCUGACAUUCUCGCCCCAGAUCCCUGCAUACAGGGGCCAGGAUUUUAAAAUGCAGGUUGAGGCUUUGGGCCAUCUGCUUGGCUGACAGGGUGGACACAUAAAUCGAAUUUAUCACAGGCUUUUGAAAUUGGUUAAUCCAGGGGGACACGAUGGUAUUCUCCCAAACCAUUCCAGAAAGCAACCAACGAGAGCACUUUGCAGAGGCACCGGAGAUGGUGGCAUCCUCUCUCUCACAGACAGCGACCUGCGGAAACUGUGAACUUUGUACUGACAAGUCACCUGGAGGUUUCUUUUUCUCUGUAGCUUUUUUGGGUUUCUUUCUGUUGCAAACGUUCAUUCCUUACAGAAGCGGAACUGUGAAUGAGAUCCUGAAAUGCACUAAAUUGUAUUCUAUUAAAACUGGAGUUACUUGAUCCAA